CUCUUCCUGAUUUACUUUUUGACUUUCCUGUCAAUAACUGAGGUCAACACAGUACGUCAACGACCACCAUGCGUCGGCAUACGCCAACACUGUUUCCACAUCCCGAACAAGAUAGUGUUGAUGACGAAGGUGCAGAAUGGGGAGUACCCAUGCAGACUCCCAGAACUACCUACCCAUCAUCCCCGAUGCCCUCGACCUCAAUAAACGGUCGGCACAGUAAAUCUCGUUCGAAACGUCCCUAUGGCUCUGCCAGCCCUCUGCCGCCUUCCUUGGAGCAUUCUUCCUCCGUUUCUCGAUAUCCCGAUGUAUACUCCCAGUUCGUGCAACGGUAUAGAUCCUCAGCACCAGGUGAACUAGACGACCCUCGAAACGACCCGGAUAGUCAUUACUUCCAUCGCGGCUUGGGACAGUUAGUAGACGCUGGUGAUAGUGACGAAGAUGAUCUCUCUCGUGUCUCCCUUGGUGCUGCCUCAGACGGGCUGGAACGCAUCUCGCUCAUGCUAGAGUCCGAUGCGUCCAAGAAAGAAAAAGAGCGGUUGAACUGGCAGAUAUAUUUCGCCUCUGUUUUGGGUGGUGACGUGCUUCGGUCGGAGAAGUCGCGAAUAGCGGACGCAUUAGAAUCAUCAGCAGACGACCCCAAUAACCUGAGUCUCAGUUUCUGGCUCGGUGUACGCGCAAAGAUUCAUGGUCGCACGGUCGAGGAGGAGAAACGGAUAUUAGAAGAGCGCAGAAUACGUGUCGAUUCUGUGAUAGACGAUAUCAUGAAGUUUUGCGUAGAAGAUGGCGUGGACCCGACUGUAGCUUUGAACCGUGUCCAAGGUCUUCUUCGUCGUCUGGAUCACGUACACUCUUUGUAUCCCAACCUUAAAGCUUUUUAUCUGGACAAACCUUCUGCCACGGAGGCGGCUUUCCAGGCCAGAUGUGACACGCUCAACACAUGGUCAACAGUGUUGACUUCACUUCGACGGCAAAUUGAAGUUCUAAGACGUUGGACAGGGAGCCCUACUCUCGAUGUUACCCAACCCAAUACGUCUGCAGAGGUCCCUAUCAACACACACAAUCGGAACGGUAAUCAGGGUCAGCAGGAGGUAGCAGACGGGUCGAGCUUCGUUGAAAGGAUGCUCAAGGAGGAGUCCUUGCAGCGCAUGUUUGAAAAAGGCUCCUUGGUUACUUCUUACGCGUUUGUUGCGGCGGCAAGGGAUGCCCAGGUCAACUUUGCCCCCCUUAUAGAAGAAAUGAAUCUUCCAAAUUUUGAGAAGGAACUCGUCCCACUCAUCUCCUUCCCCACAAAACUUGCUCAGGCAUGCUUGCACCUCCGUUUGGCAUAUGUCCAGAAAAUUAAGGAACCAGAAUUGCUGAUUCUCGACCAGAUGAUAGAUGACAUGAAAAUCAGUAUCGGACUUGCAUGCACGCUCAAACGACAGUAUGAAGCUUUCCUCGCGCCUGGGCCCAACGGAAGGUGGAACCUCCCCCAAUGUAUCAGCGAAGACUACGACUCCAGUAUAUUGGGCUCUAUGUUGACGUUUUUCCGCCUCAUUCAUUGGAAGUUGAAGGGAGGCGCCAAGGGAAUAUACUUCAAGGAAACCGAUGUCCUGGAAGCACAAUGGGCAACAAUGAACGAUGUCAGUCUGACGGUGUCUGGUGGGUCGCGCCUGGUUGCGGAGCAGAUAUGCUCCCUCACGAAUCGUUUGAUGGUUCGUGUCAUCAACUAUUUCGAUACACAAGUUCGAGUCCCAAUAUCUGGAGAUUUGCGCAAUAAUAGCUCCCAGCAGCGCGUGAAAGAGAUAGAUUCGAAGUCCGCGUUUGAGGAGCACGUUCAAUCAACGCCCACGAACUUUAGGACCAUGACUGAUGAACAGAAAGCCAGCUGGUACGGAAAGAUACAUGACAGUGUUCGACUACGAUACCGGAAGUUACAGCGCUUUGCAAGGGUCCUUACCCAUCGUUUCAGCAAUUCCGCCGAAUACAGCUUAGAGGGCCAUCACCUCGAAAGUUUUAUCGAAUGCCUGGUCAUUGCGGAUCACUUCCUUGUUUACACUCACCACUACGAAGAGGAGGGCAUUUACAUCGUCGCUUCGAACUCUCUCUAUGACUACCCAGAUACUAUCAGGCGGAUAUUGACGGAAUCAUUUCAUGUAGACGAACUUAUCAGCAACGAAGGCCCUCAGGUGGAUGACCUGACUGGUUACUCCGCUCUGGAAUACGAGGAUUCUCAAUAUCUGCUCAUUCUUUCUCCUCGACACCAUUUCCUGUGGCGAGGUCGAGUAAUGCUUCUGGAUCUACCUAGAGUCGAGUUGGAAUCUAAAGACGACCGCGUGCGUCUCGUAGCAGAUGGUCCACAACAUCGCCUUGCAUUGGCGAAGCAAGUAUUUUCAUACACCUUUAUGACGGUCGACGAGCAGGGUAACUUGAUAGAAAACACCCUUGGCCCUUUGACAUGUCUCGCCGAUCAACAAGCCCAUCUCCCCUCAGUUAAUCGUGAGCUCCGCAAAAUUGCCCGAGCCACGUUGCGAUUGGCAGAAUCAAUCGUGGAUUCAGUGCAUCAUGUUCGGAGUUCGAUGAGGAUGACCACUGGUUGCCAGGAACUGAUGGAGAACUGGUAUCUGUUUGCUUCUGAGCAUGGCCAACACGCUCAAAAAUUUAUGGAUCGGUCUUCCUUGCUCCGCUUUAACCGGUUACUCAUCAAGUUGGCCAUAUCAUGGGUGUCAUUUAUCUGUGAUGACUGUGCUCCUAAUGAGCAAAAAACCUUCAAGUGGGCGGUGAAUGCACUCGAAUUCGCGUUCCAGCGAACCAAGCGCAGUAUACUCCACCUUCCUGACGAUCAAUUCCAGAUGUUAAGACACAAGGUUGGGAUAUGCAUCACCCUUCUUAUGGGUCAUUUCGACAUCUUAGGGGCCCGCUCUUCUCUGGAAGCCAUGAGGGAGAAGGAAAGACAAGAGCAGCAGCGCCUUCAAGGAAUAGAGCUUCCUAUUGUACUGGAAGAUGAUGACGAUAAGCCUGACGACGGAUAUUCAGUACCGGAUAGUGGAGGACGAAACUUCUGGGAGCGAAUAUGCAAGUCGGUUAAGGAAGUAGAGGGCAUGCGAGCUGAGGUUGGGCUAGAAUUCCGCAUCCUUGGUCGUGUUCUUGACACGGAGAGGUCAGAGGAAGACCGUUCGCUCGUGGUGUUGGCUUCUUCGACAUCCAACAUCAAUAUUCGCUGGCAGCAAGGAAGGUUCAUCGGCGCAGGAGCAUUCGGAUCCGUUUAUCUGGCCGUGAAUCUCGAUUCUGGGUCACUCAUGGCUGUGAAGGAGAUUAAAUCUCAGGAAUUGUCCGGUCUACCUAAUCUCUAUUCCCAAAUCAAGGAUGAACUUAGCGUCAUGGAAAUGCUUCAUCACCCAAAUGUCGUAGAAUAUUAUGGCAUAGAGGUCCACCGCGACAAGGUGUAUAUCUUUGAAGAGUAUUGCCAAGGUGGAAGUCUUGCGGCUCUGUUGGAACAUGGUCGUAUCGAAGACGAGAGGAUCGUCCAGGUCUACACUAUGCAAAUGUUGGAAGGAUUAGCCUAUUUACACUCCCGUGGCAUAGUGCAUCGUGACGUGAAGCCGGACAAUAUCCUUUUGGAUCACCUGGGCGUCAUCAAGUUCGUCGAUUUCGGAGCUGCGAAAAUUCUCGCAAAGAAUCAGCGCACAAUUGCGGCUCGAUCUCGUCGCGCUCCUGAUGCUGCUGGUGCAGAUGGACCUGGACCGGGCAUGAAUAGUCUGACCGGUACACCCACGUACAUGUCUCCUGAAAUCAUUAAGAAUGAUAAGAGAGGGAGGCACGGCGCUAUGGACAUUUGGUCGAUGGGAUGCGUCGUCCUUGAAUUCGCAACUGGCAAGAAACCAUGGAGCAACUUGGAUAAUGAAUGGGCUAUCAUGUUCCAUAUUGGUGUUGCUACUCAGCAUCCUCCGCUUCCUGAACCUGGACAACUGAGCAACAUGGGCAUUGACUUUAUCAAACAGUGCCUAACAAUCGACGCUAAUAAACGACCCACUGCUGUUGAACUCAUGGAGCACCCGUGGAUGGUAGACUUCCGAGAAGCACUACAGAGUUACGAGGAGCAAGAGAUUGCCAAUAACCCUCCGGGCGAUAUGGCACCAGAAGAAAAUUUCGAACAUGCCUCUGUUGCUCGUCAAGCAGCUAUCAUGCAGGAGAAGGAGGUCGAGGAAAUCACACGCAGGUCUCCGGUAGAAGACAACGUUUCAACUCCUAAUGAUACAUUCGAAUGAAGUUGACUGGAGAUUCGCAUUCGUUCACGAAUGGACAAGCUUUUUAUGUAUGAGAUCCUACGCUUUACUUAUGUUUCCAUCAUUCACUGUUUGAACACACGAUAUAUGUAGCCGGUAGAUUCUUCUAAAUUUUGCAUACAAUUUGUAUACCAUUCGCAUCCUUAUGUCCUGUGUAUGAGCGGCCAACAGCAACACAGAGACAAAGGUCAGCAUCUCCAAUUCCUUCUUCUUCGG